CCCAUAUUUUUUUGGUAAUUUGGGACCUAAGGAACAACUUUAAAUCAAAAAAUCAUUUUUAACACACAUGUGCACACGAAGCUUUAUAUCAGAACAUAGCAGCCCUCACUAUAUCUUCUGUUGGCGCAUCGUUGUUGUUGUUGUUGUCUCGAUUUUUUCUCGCUGCCCUGGGAAGAAAUUGAAACAGAAAACAGCGUCCCGUCCUAGCCUAUUCAGGUUUUUUAGGUAUAAGUUUGCUUUGGUGCUAAGAAAAAUUAUGCCGAAUCUCCUGACUUGGUUUUCUGUGAAGUGAACCCAACGCAGGAGGGGUUAAUGAUUUCCAAGAAUUUUCCUGUUCUUAUAUUUCUUUUACUGGGUAUCUUGCUAAUGUGAGUGGUAAAGAUUUAGCUACAUACACAGCCAUAUGGCAAGAAGCAACGAUAUUCAUUGGAUGAUCAAGUGAAAGUAAUAAUGCCAAACAAAAAUCUUAUACGCAGGGACAUCCCUAAAUGGUUUUCAGUAUUGGUAUUAGUUAUCCUAUUUUUCUACUUUCCUGUGCAUAUUUAUUUGAAGCUACCUAACGUUUUGUCAAGUAAAACAGCAUACAUAGAUGGAAUACAUUUAUACACUCAUUUAAAUGAAGCAAUUCAAAUGAAGGAGCUGCUAAGAAAUGGAACUUUGAAUUUCUGGUUCAGUGACACUGCACUAGGAUAUCCUAUGUUUAUCUCCAAUGAACCUUUACCAUGUUUUGCAACAGCUGUAAUAAUGCUAUUGUCAGAAAGUUAUGUAACAAAUCUUUGUGUCUUCCGUUGGCUCAUUCUUUUGCUUACGGCAAUGAUUCCAAUAACAUGGUAUAGAGGAGCACGUAUAUUCAUGUUGUCACGAGUGGAAGGCAUAGCACUAGCGAUGUUUUCACUCUGCAUUGACAGUGUUAAACAUACUGGACUUGAAUUAGAUGCUUAUUUCCUGCAUGGACUUUAUCCACAGCUGUUUGGCAUGGUAUUACUACCUCUAACUGCUUCCAGAAUAUAUGUUAGCGGUUUGCGUAUUGGUACCGAUGGGUCUUCAUCACCUGUAUAUUUACUUUGCCUCACCUACCUGUGUCACAAAACAUUAGGCCUUUACUGUUCAAUGCUAGCUUUUUGCACCGUGCUUGUGUACUUGAUGACUAAAAAGUUCCGCAAAAAGUAUGCAAAAAAUUCGUUAAAGGAAUUUACAAGUCUUCAUCUUGGUGUCUUUGUAUAUUUAUCUGGUUGGAUUAUACCGCAUAUUUUAUCUUAUCCUGAUUAUGGAGAACAGCCAGACACCAAGCCAGAACGCGUGUCUGUUGCCUGCUUACUUGAUAUUUACACGAAUGGUCACUUGUUUGAUAAUAAGCGCCAAGCUAUGUGGUUUACCAUGGCAACAGCUCUUGGUGGUUGUGUUAUUACGAAGCGACUAUAUGACAUAAGAAACUCAAGCAUGACAUAUUUAAAUCAUAAUCAAAUAUUUUCUACGUGGUUGCUGUUAAUUACGUUAUUUUCAUCUUUUCUAUAUCUGAGCGAUGUUCCUGUAAAAGCAAUCAAUUGGAUGAUACCUUCAGAUUUUAAGAGAGAUGGUUGUAUACUUGGCCUGCAUUUUUGUGGCUUGCUUCUUGCUGCCAUGUCAACAGGGUCUGUAAUUAACACAUUGUUAUGGUUGGUGGAGGAUGAUCAGUUGAGAAAAAUGACAAGAAUAUUUAUUCUUGCACUCUUUUCGCUAGCCAUGAUGAAAACCGGUGGACAAAGACUUAGGGAUCGAGUCUCGUUGGUAGAAAUAAGUACAAAUAUUCAGAACAUGUUGAGUUGGAUGAAUCAAAAUUGUACUGAUGGAAGGGUGUUAGUGUAUGAUCAGUUGGGAACUAAUGGAGCUGAUGGAGCUUGGCAUCUAGAAAGUAUUCCACAUUUAACCAGUAAACCAGGAUUACCCAAGCAGUCAUUGGCUCAGGGUAGCAUCUUUUCAACAUUUUAUCUCACAAAAAUAGCUGCAGAAGACAGUUCUCUUGAGAAGUCUGCUACCUUGUUGGAACUUUACAAUGUGCGUUACAUUGUUAUCUCUGCUGUGUUUUUCAAUCGCAUAUCCCUGAACAUACCUAAUCUUCAGCAUAUUCAGACGGUCAACGGCAUUCAGCUCUAUAAAAUUGACCCAGAGAAAAAUCCUUAUAGUUAUUUUAAUUUUGUACACCUUCCUGGUUUCAUCGACGGAGACCUAAAUAACAUUCGUGAAACAAUUGUUGAAAUAUUGGACUUGUAUUCGCAGAAUGUUCUUUUCUAUUUGAAUCCGAGUCGAUUAGAUCACGUUCGAGAAAACGGCAUGGUUAAUGUACAGGUCGUUGGUUUUCCAUACUACCACCAAGAAAGACCAACAAGCGAUGUCCCGCUUGUUACUUGGAAGCUAUGUGAUCGAAACAUAAAUUCGGAGAAAGCCAUGCGUUAUUUGCAUGACCUCUACUCAAAUGAGCCAAUUGCUUCUGAAGUUGUUGAAGAAAGAAGAUACGCUACAGAGUACCAUGCUCUUGUCAACAUCCAACACAAACAUGUCGAGAAUAAACGGGCAGAAAGUUUGUUGUUGAAGGUAUCGUAUCACCUGUUCUGGAGAUGUUUCUACUUUCCUGUGGAUGAGAACUACACUCUUAUAAAGUAUGAUCAAAAAAAUCGACCGAGAAGGCAUUCGUUGGUAACUGUGCAUCACGUGACCCCAAACCUGAUGAGUGUAACACUUCCUGCUGGCAAAUAUCACGUAAUAUUCAGCUACCGAUAUCCGGGCAUUCUAAAGUUACUUUCCAUUAUUUUUGCUUGUGUUUUCAUUAACAAGAUUCUGUGCCUGGGUUUGGAGAAAUCUGUCUUCAGUAUUUUCACUCAUAUUUGGAAGGGUAUAUCCACAUUUGCCCAUAUUUUUACAAAUGCAGUCAUUUUUGACAGUUCAAUGUUUUUUAAAGUACAGGAUUUGCUCUUCCCAAAACCUGUCAAGGAAUUCUUUAUUAGUUUUGUGACAUCACCAGUGUUGUUAAAAAGAAAACACAGUCUCUUACGUUCGAUGUUUGCUGAAAGUUUGAAGAAGAUGAAUACGGUUCGAGAUUUCACUUUGCUUUUCUUAAACAGAAAGCAAAACCAUGAUAAACCUAUGAUCAAUCAGAAGGAAGGAGGUAGCUUGUUCACAUCGGAAAUUGAUAUUGUCAAGAAUUCUCCGGAUAGUAUUGACGACAAAUCUGCUGAUCUAAAUUCAUCCUAUGCUAGUGAUAAUGUGUUUACUGAUAAUAAGUUUGGUAAAGUAUCUCCGCCAACACCUCCAAAACAUGUCAAAAAAAGCUAUCGAAAGAGGCAUGCAAAAAUUUCGACUAACGAAGAAGAUAGCUCGGUGGAAGCAGCAGGAAUUACUCAUGGCCCUGUUUUGGAAACUAUUUUUAAGUCACUGCGAAGAAAUUUGUUGCCACAAAAAAAAAAUACUUUAGAGUUUGCGAUAUCAGAUCACAAGGAAGCGUCGAUACCGAGUGUUACUAAUGUUUCGUCGUCUGCGACGAAACACGACAAAACGCCACUAGAAGAGGAGACUUCAAAUUUUCAAAAAAAAGCGCUGGGUUUCGGUUUAAGAGGCGAACGGAUGCUUGCUCCUAAAGAUGAGUUGUUUGGCAUGUUUGGUAACACUGUCACACAACACAAAGAGGGUAUAGAAAACAUAAGGGAAAAAUGUAUUGAAAACGAAAUUAAUCUUGAGGAUAAUUCGAUGACUGUGUUUGCUUCAGCAGAUAUGGAAGUAGAAACUGACCUACAUCAUUCAAUGGAUUUGUCGUAUGAUAAGUGUUUUUCGUCGGAACGUUCAAGUUCGCCAGAUUUGUCACACUUUUCACCGGAGCGGUUCAUUUCUUCGCCGGAUGAGUCUCUAUCCCCUGAGUCUUCUUUUGAGUACACGAGUACUGCGCUAAACACCAGCUCCCCUGUGAAGUCUCGUGAAUCCGGGAAGGAAGAAGGAAGUAUUAUCCAGUGUGACUUAAAGAGCCACUCACCUCUACGCAACAUUAUAACUUCAUCAGACCAUAUUAAUUCGACACCGAAAUUAAACAGACACAUGCGGUCCGAGCACUAUGGGUUAGAAGAACAGGGUUCCGUAUCGUCAUGCAAUGUAGCUGUCGUUCUUACGUCCAGUAAAUUCAUAGAACUACCUUCCUCUGACGAAAUGCAAUAAAACAAGAAUUUGAAAUCCUCGUAAAAUAUUCAGUUUAUUUAAUUACGUUAUAUUUGAUCUUUGUUGGAAAGUAAGAAGCGUUUGACUGUAACAACAAUUCAUUAAGCUCAAAUGAGUUAGAAAAUUUAGAUUCGUUCUAAUUUAGCUAUACUGAAUUUAAAGGUUAGAAAAAAAAAAUUCAUUCAAAGUUUUAAGAAACAUGAAACUUACAAAUAGUUGAAAAUUAGUACAUUUUCUCUGCUUAUGUUAUAAGCAAGAGAAAAUACAAAAUCAGGCUGGCACAUGCUUAUGCAGAAAAAAAAACACAAUCAAGCGUGAGCAUGCUUGCGUUAUGUUUAUACUAAAGUUUUUAUAUAUAACGAAUUAGAAGGUAUGUCUAGAAAUAUCGCAAAAAAAAUCACACCAGAAGGAUUCACCAAGGCUGGGUACAUAUCUGAUUGUGGAUACGCCUAUAAUCGUUAAGCUUAUAAAAAAUCAUGUAACUUUUGUACAAGGUAUAUUUAGUACAGUCGACUCCCUAAUUAACGGACACCUAAUCAGCGGACAGAAACGACGGUCAACUACUAAUAGAAGGCUCUAAAUAGCGGACACCGAUUAGCGGACACUGUAAUUAGAAGACAGCUCUCCGUUGCACGAAAUGAAUUUCGCUACUGGAAAGUCUCUGUUUUUAAUGUUUUACUUUAAACACUUAUUUUUCAUGUGGCUUAUGAUUCAAAUUCUAUUAGAGUUUUUUUUAAUACAAUUUAAGAGUUAUGUCGAUCUGAGCAUCUAUAUUAUAAUACCCGUAUACGUCUGUCCGUCACGCAAAAUAGUAGCUUAGCUGCGCAAGUAACGAGACGAAUGCAAUUAGGUAUAAAAAGGACGGCGAACCCGUGGAUUUUUCCACGGGCUAAUGACUAGUCUUCUAAAAUAGCUAAAUUGACCGUGGGAUACCUAGUUAUAGGGCUUCUUGAAAGCCGUUUCGUGUCGAAUUAGAGCGGGGAAAAUGACUCUUUAGUGGGCACCUCUUAGCAGACAGAGAGCGAUUGUACCGAAGGGUCUCCUAAUUGGAGAGUCGAGUGUAUCUCCAAAUUCUUUAAACCACUUCUGUUUCGCAUACGGAAAAAAAGAAAUAAAGAGUAUACGAAUCAGAAGCUCAAUUUUACUAUUUUGAUGUAUAUAGAUUUUUUCCUGAUAUUUAUUUGUUUAUUUAUUUGUUGAGACAUUAUAUAUUUAUCUUUAGUGUUUGAA